CGUCACAAUCCUGCGACCCAACGUGGAUUUACAGCAAAAGGUUUAUCGAGAUUGAACUGCAGCUCCACCAGACAGUGUCUAAACGUUAUUUUAACGUCUAUUCUCACCUUGUUGGUCCCUUUAAGGUUUUUCGGAAGAAGUUUCAAGAAGGUUUUUAGUGCAGUUCCAGUUUUUCAACGAGUCACUUAGCACCCUGCAUUAAAAUGAAGUUUCAGCAAGAAGAAAAAACAGUCAACUUCCUGUUGGACGCUUCCUUGCUGUAUAAAGAAAAAUGCCCGGAACUAUCACGGUUCUUACUGAAGUUGCCUGUGAAGGCUAACGAACAACGGAAGUACAGUUCCUCCGACCUGCUGCAGAGCACCUCCGUGUGUCCCUGCUGUUAUCAGUGGCUGCAUCCAAACAAUUACCGGAUGCGACUUCGGCCAAAACGGCGUCCAUCAGCACGGGUGCAGAGUGUCCUGCGCAGGAAGGCCCGGGGCAAACGACUGAGCCUGAUGCAGAAAAAUCUGCUGCAGCGCUUCCAAACGUCCUCCUCUGUACUGAUGGCAACCUGCCACACUUGCAAUCAAACGUCCAGACACAAAGGAAUGAACAGGGAGUUUUUAGCUAGCCUCGCUAAGACCCACAGCACACCAGGGAGCACGGGCAAACACAAGACCCCACAGUCAAGUCACAGAGCCAGCAUGCCUACUCCCAAGACUCCCGGCAAAGAAAAGACACCCGCUCAAACACCUAGGUCUUCCAAAUCCUCUAACACUUCGGGGUCAGGAUCCUCUGCCUCCAAGACUCCCUCUAAACCUAAGAAUUGGGUCAUGCAGCGUCUCAGCAAGAUACUCACGCGAGAAGACAACCAGGGCAAGAAGAAGGGGGGCUUGAAAGAUUUUCUCUCCUCACUUUGAGCGUCUCUUUUGUCUUUAUGUCAACUCUUUAGAAAAACAUGGGGUAAGACCCAUGUUUGUAACCCAUUAACACCAAAGGCUAAAGGGAAACUUUAUUUUCCGAGCCGGUGUGGGAAGGGUUACAGUCUGCCCACCAACACAACUAUUGCCGGGCUGUUUGGAAUGGCACUCCUGGUAUCCUGAAUGUACCAACUGGGAUCUCUGGGCUGGCUAUUUCAGCUUUACAUCAGGGUUACUGCAACCACUGCUGAGCCAGAUGGAAGAAAAUGGUUUUAUCCUUACUUAGCACAUGUCUCUUAAAAUCUCCUAAACUGGGGAUGUUAUUUUAAGUGCGAUGUUUGAGGAAUUAUUCAGUAUUUAUCAUAUAGCUUAAAACUCACAGUGGUCUGUGGGUGGAGUUAGUGGCAUGGCAAGCUGGUUUACAUGCCAAUAUCUUUCUGCAUUUUGGAUUUAUUAUAUAAUACGUAUAUAUAAAACUAUUUCGUAUUCAUGUUUACUUUAUUUUGUAUUUGAAUGUAUUGACUUUUUUUUUUAUGGCCCUCUCCAGGGGGGAGAUGUUAAGUGUAUGCUUGACAUGUAUACGAUAAUGCACAUGCAUGACAAAGGAUUUGAAACUGUGCACGGUCACCAGCAAAGAUGUGUGUAAUUAUCAUCUGGAAUGGGACUCAUAAGUUGCUGUUUACUUUGAAAGGCACGUCUGCCUUAACCUGUACAGAAAGACGUAUAGACAAUCUGUUUUGUCAAGGCUUAACAUUUUAUGUGAAUAUUUUCUUUGGUUACAUGUUUUUUGAAAGGUUACUCUUUUCAUCUUUUUGUAAAGAGCAGGAAUUUGGAUAUAUCGUAUUGUGUUGUACUGCUUGAUUACUUUUUCCAUUAGCUGUUUAAUGUACAGUAUGUGUUUGAAUCCUGAAAUACCUCACAUUUAUAUUCCACCUACACUGUGAAUCACCAAAAUAAAACCUUCUUAGUCUGUGAAA